GACGCGGCCCGGCGCUGCAGGUGUGCCAAAAUGUCAGAAAGAUCAGAUAUUCUUCACUUCAAGUUUGACAACUAUGGGGAUUCGAUGCUACAGAAAAUGAACAAACUGAGAGAAGAAAACAAGUUCUGUGAUGUUGUGGUGCAUAUAGAUGAUGUCGAAGUUCAUGGGCAUAAAAUUGUAUUUGCUGCUGGCUCUCCCUUUUUACGAGAUCAGUUCUUACUGAAUGACUCCAGAGAUGUAAAAAUCUCUAUACUGCAGAGUUCGGAAGUGGGGCGGCAGCUGCUUCUGUCCUGUUACAGUGGCAUUCUGGAGUUUCCUGAAAUGGAGCUGGUAAACUACUUGACUGCUGCAAGCUUCCUGCAGAUGAGCCACAUCGUUGAACGAUGUACACAGGCCCUCUGGAAGUUUAUAAAACCGAAGCAGCCACUGGAGAGCAAAGAGUGCGAACAGCAGAGCGACUCCUCUGAGCUGAAGGAACAUCAAGGGGACGACGACUCUCUGCAGCAAGAUUCACCUUGUAUCCAACCUUCAGAAGACAGUAUGGACAUGGAGGAUAGCGAUAUUCAGAUCAUCAAGGUGGAGUCCAUUGGGGAGGUAACAGAAGUCAGAAAUAAGAAGGAUCAGAACCAGUUUAUUUCUUCUGAACAAACUGCGCUGCAUUCCUCGGAGCCGCAACACUUUCUUAUCAACUCCACUGUUGAAAACAGGGCAAGUGAAAUAGAGCAAAACCACCUCCACAACUAUGCCCUUUCCUAUGCUGGCAGUGAUAACAUCAUUCUGGCCUCUAAAGAUAUGUUUGGGCCCAACAACCGAGGUAUAGACAAAGGCCUUCAGUGGCACCAUCAGUGUCCAAAGUGCACAAGAGUGUUUCGGCAUCUGGAAAACUAUGCUAAUCACUUAAAGAUGCAUAAACUAUUUAUGUGUCUGCUCUGUGGCAAGACAUUCACUCAGAAGGGCAAUCUCCACCGGCACAUGAGAGUGCACGCAGGCAUCAAACCCUUCCAGUGUAAGAUCUGUGGGAAAACGUUCUCUCAGAAAUGUUCCUUACAGGACCAUCUCAACCUGCACAGUGGGGACAAGCCCCACAAGUGUAACUACUGUGACAUGGUUUUUGCGCAUAAACCCGUUCUGAGGAAACACCUUAAGCAGCUACACGGUAAAAAUAGCUUUGACAAUGCCAAUGAAAGGAACGUUCAAGACAUAACAGUGGACUUCGAUACAUUCACAUGUAGCGCUGCUACAGACAGUAAGGUCUGUCAGCAAACUGAUGCAAGCCAGGUACUGGAUGCAGGGAAGCUGCCUCAGGCUGUGCUCGGUUUAAGAAAUGAUAGUACCUGCGUCAACUGAGCAGUUAAAACCAGCCCUUUGUAGAGAUCGUGACUGAGGAGCAGACAGUUGGUUUGGGCUCUUACCUAAGCUAGUGGUAUGCCCUGAAAGGAUGGAUGGCAGGUUGGAUUGCAAAACCUGGCAGGUCUCCAGCCACCAUUCUUAGUCUUACUUGAUAUUUUCUGUGAAUAGCAAUCUUCCUUCAGGUUUCUGCCUGUGUCUCUACUGUGGAUUAUGGGGUGAAUUGUUUCAUUUCUCUCUGAUUACGAGACUCAAGACUAACACCUUUUGAAAGACUGUUGCUGUGGGCUGCCAGUAAGCCAUCUGCUGUACAGUUAGAGGACUCUGUCUGGGCAGAUGGAGGAGAGAGCAAAGAGGACAAGUCUCUGAGAUAACCCAAUUAUUAUUUUUUUUUAAUCACUGGAUAACUGAAAGCACUCCAUAUAGUUAAAUUUAAAAUUACCUCUUAAAAUUACCCUUCUCUGGUCUUAUCUCUAGACCCCUACAGUUGAAAUGAAGUAUUUUUGUGUCACUUUUUUGCCCUUUCUAAACUAUUUCAAGAAAAUUCCGCUGCCAGUCAAUGCUAUCUUAAAAGCUCUCAGGGU